UAUACUCAGAAUGCACUCCCACUAUAAAUCCAAACAAAUCCAAGAGUCUUUCACACAUUUAUGUUUCUUGAAACCGCUAAAUAAUUUUAUUCUCAAACAUGAACAAGAUAACAUUUUCAAUUUGUAUAACAUUUACCUUUUUAUUUUUCUCGGCACAUUCCGCACCUGAAAAUGCUGCGAUUUCUCAAAUUCCUGGGUUUGAUGGAACUCUUCCUUCCAAACACUAUGCUGGGUAUGUGACAAUAGAUGAAAACCAUGGCAAGAAAUUGUAUUAUUAUUACGUGCUAUCAGAAAGAAAUCCUUCUGAAGAUCCAGUGGUCCUUUGGCUCAAUGGUGGCCCUGGUUGCUCUAGUUUUGAUGGGUUUGUUUAUGAACAUGGUCCAUUUAAUUUUGAAAAAACUGGAGGCUUGCCCAAACUUCAUCUUAAUCCAUAUACAUGGACAAAGGUUUCGAACGUGAUAUAUUUGGACUCUCCAGCUGGAGUUGGAUUGUCAUAUUCCGAGAAUAAAACCGACUAUAUCACAGGGGAUAUAGCAACAGCUUUAGACGCACACAAAUUUCUCCUUGAGUGGUUCAAGAUAUAUCCUGAAUAUCUCUCAAAUCCAUUUUUCAUUUCUGGUGAAUCAUAUGCUGGAGUUUACGUCCCUAUGUUGUCUUAUGAAGUAGUGAAAGGACUUGAUGCUGGUGUUAUACCCACUAUUAACUUUAAGGGAUACAUGGUAGGAAAUGGAGUUGCAGAUGAAGUGUUUGAUGGGAAUGCUAUUGUUCCAUUUGCACAUGGGAUGGGCCUCAUUUCAGAUGAACUUUAUGAGGAAGUUGUCACAGUGUGUGAAGGGAAGUAUUACAAUUCUACAAAACCUGAUUGUGAAAGAGCGCUUUCGAAAGUUGACGAAGAUGUUGCUGGUAUAAACAUGUACAACAUUUUAGAAGCAUGUUAUCAUGGUGAUAUAUCAAGUAAAAUUAGCCUUGGAAAAUCAAACUUGCCAGCUAGCUUCAGGAAAUUGGGUGAGACCGAAAGACCCCUUCCGGUUCGAACCAGGAUGUUUGGGCGGGCUUGGCCUUUUAGAGCCCCGGUUAAGCCUGGUUACGUGCCGUCUUGGCCUGAGCUUCUCAAUGGUGCACCAGCUGUCCCAUGUACCGAUGAUGUAGUAGCAACCAUAUGGCUAAACAAUGAAGAAGUCCGGAAGGCGAUUCAUGCUGAUCCGAUUAAUGUGGCGGGCGAUUGGGUGAUAUGUACUGAUAAGAUAGCAUACUAUAGUGAUGCUGGAAGCAUGAUCCCUUACCAUAAAAUCCUCACUGCUCGUGGUUAUCGUGCUCUAAUUUUCAGCGGGGAUCAUGAUCUGUGUGUUCCUUUCACUGGAAGUGAAGCGUGGACACGAUCAUUAGGUUACCAAGUUAUUGACGAGUGGAGGAGGUGGUGGGUUGAUGACCAAGUCGCGGGAUUUAUACAAGGAUACGACAACGGUCUCACGUUUCUCACUAUUAAGGGAUCGGGCCAUACGGUUCCAGAGUAUAAACCUAAGGAAGCAUUGGCGUUUUACAGUCGUUGGUUGGAGGGAAAGAAUAUAUAAGAAUCUCAUCCAUCCAGUUAACAUGACGUUUGCGGCGUAUUUUGUACUUGUGUACUUGAGAAUAAAUUGGUGUUAAGGGUAAAUAAGACAGCAAAGGUCAUGGAUGAUGAAAACUGAAAUUGGAAUAAUGUUGUGAAAUUUCCUUA